AUGGAGCGUUUCUUGGGCUUUGUCAAGCAGAUACGAAGAUCGAGGAGAAGAAAAGGCAAAAAGUACCGGCCAGAGGAGGAUUAUCAUGAGGGUUAUGAGGAUGUCUAUUAUUAUGCCUCAGAACACUUUCCAAAUGAGAGUCCCUAUACUAAAUCUGCAAACCAGACAAAACCACCUGAAGGAGCAUUGGCUGUAAGGAGACAGAGUAUUCCAGAGGAAUUCAAAGGUUCAACAAUAGUUGAAUUAAUGAAGAAAGAAGGCACCACCUUGGGGCUUACCGUAUCUGGUGGAAUUGACAAGGAUGGGAAACCAAGAGUGUCCAACCUUCGUCAAGGAGGAAUUGCUGCUAGAAGUGACCAACUGGAUGUGGGCGACUACAUCAAAUCUGUGAAUGGCAUCAACCUGACAAAGUUUCGCCAUGAUGAGAUCAUUAGUUUGCUCAAGAAUGUUGGUGAGCGAGUUGUAUUGGAAGUGGAGUAUGAGCUACCACCAGUCUCUGUACAAGGUUCAGGUGUCAUCUUUAGAACUGUAGAAGUUACUUUACAUAAAGAAGGGAACACUUUUGGUUUUGUUAUUAGAGGUGGAGCACAUGAUGACAGAAAUAAAUCUCGUCCAGUUGUAAUAACAUGUGUUAGACCUGGAGGGCCUGCUGACAGAGAGGGUACAAUCAAGCCAGGUGACAGGUUGCUCAGUGUUGAUGGUAUUCGGCUUGUUGGAACAUCACACAGCGAAGCCAUGAGUAUUCUCAAACAGUGUGGGCAAGAAGCAACUUUGCUCAUCGAAUACGAUGUCUCAGUUAUGGAUUCAGUAGCCACUGCUUCAGGGCCACUGCUUGUUGAAGUUGCCAAAACAGCUGGUUCUGCUCUGGGAGUUGCACUAUCUACCUCGAUGUGCUGCAGCAAACAAGUAAUUGUCAUAGACAAAAUAAAAUCUGCAAGUAUUGCAGACAGGUGCGGCGCAUUACAUGUGGGAGAUCAUAUUCUCUCCAUUGACGGCACCAGCAUGGAGUACUGUACAUUGGCAGAAGCGACACAGUUCUUAGCUAACACCUCUGACAAUGUCAAACUAGAGAUCCUUCCUCACCAUCAGACACGGCUGGCUCUUAAGGGACCAGAGCACGUGAAGGUUCAAAGGAGCACCAGGCAACUUAUGUGGAAUCCCUAUGCCAACAGCCACAGCGGGGCCCUCACCUAUCACCAUUAUAACACCUACCACCCUGACCAUUGCAGGAUGCCAGCUCUGAAAUGCCAGAAAACGCCUCCUCAAAAAAACCUUCCGCUGGUAUCUUCAUCCUUCUCUCCGGCCUCCAUGAGUGCAUACAGCCUGAGCUCACUAAACAUGGGGACUUUACCUCGCAGCCUCUAUUCCACAAGUCCACGUGGAACAAUGAUGAGGAGGAGGAUGAAAAAGAAGGACUUCAAGAGCUCAUUGUCACUCGCCUCUAGCACUGUUGGCCUGGCUGGGCAGGUCGUCCACACAGAAACUACAGAAGUAGUGCUGACAGCUGACCCGAUUGUGGGAUUUGGGAUACAGCUUCAGGGUAGUGUGUUUGCUACAGAGACCUUGUCAUCUCCACCUCUUGUUUCCUACAUUGAGGUUGACAGUCCAGCAGAAAGGUGUGGAAUCCUACAGAUUGGAGACAGAGUACUGGCUAUAAAUGGCAUCCCAACAGAAGACAGCACAUUUGAUGAAGCUAAUCAGCUACUCAGAGAUUCAUCUAUCACCAGCAAGGUCACUUUGGAGAUAGAAUUUGAUGUAGCAGAAUCUGUCAUCCCAAGUAGUGGCACUUUUCAUGUAAAACUACCAAAGAAGCAUAAUGUAGAGCUUGGCAUCACCAUAAGCUCUCCAUCUAGUCGGAAACCAGGGGACCCUCUUGUUAUUUCAGAUAUUAAGAAGGGAAGUGUCGCACACAGAACUGGAACAUUAGAGCUAGGUGACAAAUUGCUUGCCAUAGACAAUAUUCGACUGGACAACUGUUCUAUGGAAGAUGCUGUUCAAAUCCUACAACAUUGUGAAGAUCUUGUGAAGCUAAAAAUUCGUAAAGAUGAAGAUAACUCUGAUGAACAGGAGAGCUCAGGAGCAAUUAUUUAUACUGUCGAGCUCAAGCGGUAUGGAGGACCUCUUGGGAUCACUAUUUCUGGUACUGAAGAGCCCUUUGAUCCCAUUAUCAUUUCAAGUCUUACUAAAGGCGGAUUAGCUGAAAGAACGGGUGCAAUUCAUAUCGGAGACCGAAUCUUAGCAAUAAAUAGCAGCAGCCUGAAAGGAAAACCUUUGAGUGAAGCUAUACAUUUGUUACAGAUGGCAGGAGAGACAGUCACCUUGAAAAUCAAAAAACAGACAGAUGGUGAGUCAUCAAGCCCCAAGAAGUUUUCUGCUUCUGGUCUCCUAAAUGAAUUAAGUGAUGCUGAAGAGGAUGCAGCCUCUACACAGAAGCCAGGCAAACUCUCUGAAAUAUACUCCACUGCAGUCCCAAGCGUGGACAGUGCUGUAGAAUCCUGGGAUGGCUCCGGAAUGGAUAACAGCUAUGGAAGCCAAGGUCCCACUUACCAGACUUCAGGAUACAACUUCAAUACCUUUGAGUGGAGGAGUCCAAAACAAAGGGGCAGUUUGUCUCCUCCCAACAGGCCCCGCACCAACCCCUUCCAAGAUGCAGGGCUAAGUGAUGAUGAAUGGGAUAAACCGGUGGCGAGCAGCUUUGCAGGUGCACCUGAGGCUGACCAAGAGGAGAAUUUUUGGUCUCAAGCAUUGGAGGACCUGGAGACCUGUGGACAAUCAGGAAUUCUGAGGGAAUUAGAGGACAAGGCUGACAGGCGUCUGUGUUUGAGAAACAUGACUCUCUUGGCAACAAUUAUGUCAGGGAGUACAAUGAGUCUUAACCAUGACAACCCACAGCAUCGUGGCCAUCUGGGAAGGCAAGCCAGCUUUCAGGAAAGAAGCACUUCAAGGCCACAUUACAGCCAGACUACCCGGAGCAAUACAUUGCCUUCAGAUGUGGGGAGGAAGUCUGUAGCUUUACGGAAAAUGAAGCAAGAGAUGAAAGAAAUCAUGUCACCAACUCCUGUGGAAUUACACAAGGUAACUUUAUACAAGGAUUCUGAUAUGGAAGAUUUUGGGUUCAGUGUCUCAGAUGGUUUACUGGAAAAAGGAGUUUAUGUUAAAAAUAUUCGGCCAGCUGGACCUGGAGAUGUGGGUGGUUUGAAGCCAUAUGAUAGACUACUACAGGUGAAUCACGUUCGCACAAGAGACUUUGACUGCUGUCUAGUUGUGCCCCUUAUAGCGGAAUCUGGCAAUAAACUAGAACUAGUUAUUAGUAGAAACCCUCUAGCCUCUCAAAAGGUGAGCUCAGACCAACAGCCUUUCUCAGCUGGGGAAUGGAGUGAUCAGAACAAUGCCUUUCUUCAACAAAGUGGACACAACAGUUGUUCAGAGAUGAAACGGGAUCCUACGAACACUUUAUAG